AUGUCUAAUAAAGAUUACUAUAAGCAAUGGCUACAAUUAAAAGAGCAGAUACAAAAAGCGUCUUUGGAAGAUGAUCGUCUACAAGAGUUAGCCGUGGGCUCCAUCGGUAUCAAACCACAAGCUACGGCUGUAGAAAUAGUAGCGCGUGUCUAUUGCAAAUAUUGUGAAAUAUACAAUAAAUUAUGUGAUUGUUAUGAUCAAAUGGAGCAAGUGCAAAGAAGGCCAUAUAUACGAAAGAUAAUUGAUGCUAUUACCUGCAGACUGUUUGAGUUGAAAUUAUCGUUAGAAGAAAUCGAAGCAUUUGAAUUUACAUAUUCAGAUAAUGCACUUCAACAGUUGCUUAUGGUUCCUCAGGAUAUUGAAAUCAUGUGCCCAUUUCAUUAUCCGUUUGAAAUAAGAGAAGAGGAAAUGCAAUACAUAAUUGAUGAAAUCUUAGCCGGGAACCGAAUCGGUGAUCCAACCCCAACACCUUCAGAAAUAGAACGGAAAGAAGAAAAAAGAUUAGAAGAAGAAGCUAGAGCAAGAGAAGAAAAAGAAGCUGAGAUGAAAAGGCGCAUGGCAAUGGGUGAAGAACUAUCUGAUGCUGCAUCGUCAGUGCAGCUCUCUCCAAAAGAGCUUGAAGAAAUGAGAUUGUUAGCUGAAUAUAAUGGCCACAUAAAUAAUAUACAACGCAUGGAAAGGUCGCGUUAUAUGAUUAGAGAAAAGACGAAAAAGUACAACAAAGAUGAAAACUUAUACUUGGACCUCGCUGGAUUGAAAAAACCUCCAGCUCGUGAAUCCUUGCGAAUACGUGCUGCUUUAUUAAUACAAAGAAUAAUUAGAAAAUUUAUGGAGGUUAAACGGUACCGUACAAGAGACAACAAGCUAAAAAAUAAACUAGGUAUGAUUAUUCCAUCUUGGUCUCCCCCCUCACAAAAAAUUCAAUUAGAAAAAGUAAAAGAAGACAGAAGGACUUUUAGGAAGAAAUACUACCUAAAGUGGUUAGAAGCAAGCAUGAAAGAAAAUGCUCGAGUUUUAAGGCUGCGAGAAGGUAACAUUAUGGAGGAUAUUUCUGAUGAAAUUCGUCAAUGGCUCCGUGAAUGGUAUUCGGAAGUCCGAAUCUUUGACGAAUUUCCUUAUCCUGAAGAAGGAGGUUCGAUUUUAAUUGUAAAAGGAGAAACGUUUACCAUUGAAGAAUAUAUUGAAUGGAGAUUAGAGGAAGAUAAAAGACUUAAGGCAGAAGCCGGUAGUCCUAAAUCAAAGGAACAAAUUAAAGCAGAGAAAUUAGCAGCCAGGGAAGAAAAAAAAAGAUUACAAGCAGAAGCAAAAAUAAAAGAAGCAAAGCGCUUACUUGAUUAUAAAAAAUCUCGUCUUAAUCCAGAAGGAGACCCAGGUAUUUAUAUAAGAAUAGGAAUGGCUCUAGAAUCUGUGCAUGAAGCAUGGGAUCUUUAUCAAAAUCAAUGGAAAGAAUAUGAUACAACAGAUGCCCCAGAAGAAAUAUUAAAAGGCUUUAUUAAACAACUAAUAACAGACGACGCUUACAAAGAUAUUCAGUUGAAACUUAGACCAAUUGUUGAUGAUAUGAUGCGAUUGGAGUUGAAUUUACUUAGAAACUCUCUGAAAGUCGACUACUUAGCAGCGGGGAUUGCAAAGCCUCCCCAAAGCAUGAAACGUAAAAAACCUAAAAAAAUUAAGCCUCCGAAGCCUGACAAAAUACCACCAGCUCGCAUGUUUCAGAUGUUAGUCGAUGAAGGUAUUGUAAGGAAGUAUCCAAAAACAACUUUAGAAGACUACUGGGGCGAUAGAAAUUAUGCGGCUGCAGAUAUGAGGGCUGUGCUUUGGACACCUUCUUUUCCACCCAGCUGUAUAGGUGAUGUCAAAGAAUUGAUAAAAGUCCGUUGUAUACUGACAAUGGGUUCUACAUGUCCAAAUGCAGUAAGGUCUCAGCUUCUUGUGGGUCCUAAAGGAUCGGGUAAGAGAACUUUAGUCUAUGCAAUCGCAACCGAAACUAACGCAAUUUUGAUAGAUCUAUCCCCCAUGAACGUGUACGAUAAAUUCCCGGGGCCUAAAAACUUAAAAACAAUGUUUCAACUAGUAAAUAGAAUUAGUAAAUUAAUGCAACCCACCGUUAUAUUAGUAGAUGACGCGGAUAAACUAUUUUAUAAAAAAGUUCCGAAAGAAGAAAAAAUCUUCGAUCCAACACGACUAUCCAAGGACUUUUUCAAAGAAGUUUUAAAACCAAUUCAAGCUGAUGAUAAAAUACUAAUAUUGGGGACGGCUUCAGAGCCUUGGCUUGCGAAAAAUCCCCUAAUGUAUAAAGUGUUUCCUUCGACAAUAUUAUUACCUCGAUCCGAUUACGGAAGUAUCUCUUUCGUACUAACACAUAUGCUAAUGAAAUAUCACGGCAUGGACAGAGAGUUUAAUGUUCAUAGUGUAGCUCAAGCACUAAGAGGCUAUGACAUCAAUACAAUAAGAAAGGGCGUCGAUUCUCUGUUGUGUGGCAAAAGAGUUGCUGAAUUAUAUCACAGGCCCUUAGAUCCUGUGGAAGUUGUUAACGCUGUUUUAGAUUAUGAGGGUGGGGUAUUUACAGGUGUUGAUGAUUACGAAAUGUAUAAAGAAUGGUAUAUAUCUUAUUCACCUUGGGGAACAAGGUAUUUGGACUAUAUGCAAAUGUUAGAAUCACAAUUGACCUACAAAUUGAAAGCUGAAAAGAAGAAAAACUAA